CCCCCCCCCCACGCCCCUAUUUUACUCCCUCCACCGUCCAAUUCGCGUUUUUGCAGAUUUUUUUAAUUUUGUGCAGUCGAAUUAUGUGGAUGGAUUACGAACAGGAUGCUGCGCGAUCGCUGAUUGUACGAUUGGGAUUUGGAUUGGAUGGGAAUUAUCGUUAUUGUUGCUGCAGGGAUUGAGGAUCUUCUCCUAGGGUUUCGUUUUGGGGGUUUUUGCUUUUAAUGGAGAAUAUCGAGACUUUGUUAGCCGCCGUAGCUCAGACGCAGGGCUUCGAUGAUGAUCCUGUCGCCGCUCCCGCGCCGCCGUCGUCGGAGAAUUCCGAUUCGAGAGGCGCGGUUCGACCGAUUGGUGAGGGUUCUGUAAAUGCUCAACCGCCUGCGGCGGUUGCUCCCCCUCCGCCCCCGAUUGCGGCUUCGGAGCAGGUGAUCGGCGCUGGGGAGAAGAGAAAGAGAGGACGGCCGCCGAAGGGACAGGUUGCGGUGGCGAGGACUCCGCCGCCGAAGCGGAAGAAGCUGGAGGAGGAAGAGGAGGAGGAUGUUUGCUUCCUUUGCUUUGAUGGAGGUUCUCUUGUGCUCUGCGAUCGAAAGGGUUGUCCGAAGGCUUAUCAUCCGGCGUGUAUCAAACGAGAGGAAUCAUUUUUUAAAUCGAAAGCUAAGUGGAAUUGCGGCUGGCAUAUAUGUAGCGUGUGUCGGAAGGCAUCUCAUUACAUGUGUUACACUUGCACCUAUUCAUUGUGCAAGGGGUGUACAAAGAAUCAAGAUUACGUGAGCGUUAGAGGGAACAAAGGAUUUUGCUCGAUGUGCAUGAAAAUGGUCAUGCUGAUCGAAAAUAAGGACCAAGCCAACAAUGAGCCGGUCCAAGUAGAUUUCGACGACAAACUUAGCUGGGAGUAUCUUUUCAAGGUUUAUUGGGUAAUCUUGAAAGAAAAGCUAUCGUUGACUCUCAAUGAGCUCACUCAAGCUAAAUCUCCCUGGAAAGGGGUCGCUGAUGUACCAUGGAAACCGCAGUUAAAUAAUGUUCCUCACACUGCAUUCGAUGGCAAAGUUUCUAAUUCAUCCACAAAUACAGAACAUCUGACGUCGAAUACUCCCCAUGCUGAGACUAAUUUGCCGCAGAAUGAUGAGCUAAGGCCAACACCAUCAGGCAUUAAUAAUAUUGUGGAUAAGGUGCAUUCCAAUAACGGGGAAAGUGGGCCGAGGUGUAAUAAUGACACAUCAAAACCGGACAUGGACAAAGCCAAUGAUGAGACAGGGUUCAAGAAGGAUGAAGACAAAAUGAGGAUCGUUGAUGACAAUAGCAAGAAAGGCAUUUGUGAUAAUACAGACACCAAAGAGCCCGACAAGACAGGAACCGAAAAGUGUACUGAAUGGGCAUCUAAAGACCUUUUGGAGUUUGUUGCCUUCUUGAGGAAUGGCGAUACGUCAGCUAUGUCACCAUUUGAUGUCCAAAGGUUAUUGCUUGACUACAUAAAGAGGAACAAUCUCCGGGACCCUCGUCAGAAGAGUCAAAUUAUAUGUGACCAAAGGCUCAAGAAUUUAUUCUUGAAACCGAGGGUCGGUCACAUUGAAAUGUUAAAGCUUCUCGAGUUUCACUUCCCCAUGACUGAGGGUUCUCAGGAUAAUAAUUUAAUUCCGGCUGGAUUUGUUGCAACUGCUCCGGAAAUUCAAGGAAGUUCGAACACUUUCCCAAGCUCAAUGAAUAGUAGAAAGCGAAAGACAAGAAAGAGGAAUGAAGAGAGAGUUCCUCAGAAUAAUUUAAAUGAAUAUGCUGCGAUUGAUGUCCAUAACAUUAGUUUGAUCUAUUUGCGACGGCACAUAAUGGAGAAUCUUCUUCAAGAUCAGGAGAGCUUCGGCAAAAGGGUUAUUGGAUCGAUUGUGAGAAUUAGAACAUCAAGUAAUGAUCAGAAGCAAGAUAUUUACAGGCUCGUCCAAGUUGUAGGAACAACUAAGGCUCCUGAGCCCUACAAACUUGGAGAAAGGACGGCACUUGUCAUGCUUGAAAUUUUGAAUUUGUACAAGAAAGAGGUGGUGUCCAUCGAUGCCAUUUCUAAUCAAGAGUUCACCGAGGAAGAGUGCAGACGAUUACGACAAAGCAUGAGGUGUGGGCUUGUGAAGCUACUUACUAUUGGCGAACUGCAAAAAAUAGCUUUGACGCUUCGACCAGUGAAGAUUAAAGAUUGGUUAGAAGCAGAGAUAUUGCGGCUAAAUCACCUUCGAGAUAGAGCAAGUGAGAACGGGCGUAAGAAAGAGCUUAGAGAAUAUGUAGACAGAUUAGAGCUACUGAAAUCACCGGGUGAGCAACAGCGUAGGAUUUCGGAGCUUCCACAGAUACAUGCUGACCCGAAAAUGUGCCCUAGUUAUGAAUCAGAAGAAGAAGAAGUAGAAGUAGACGAUGACAAGCCGGCAGCUAAAAGAGGCAGAAAAAGUCGAAAAGCUGUAUCUGUGAGACCAAGCUACUCGUCAUUUUCUCAAAAUGGAAGAAAUCCCGCUUCUCUUAACAAGAAAGGUGCAAAGGAGCCCCCCAUUGCAAUGCGGGCGAAAAAAGAUGCAAAUGGCGCGCAUACGUCCGAUAAGCCCGCGAUUGAAGUGAAUAUUACUAACUUAAAAGCCGGUGGUAAGAAUGACCAAGAUGUACAACAAAGGACGGGAUUGGAGACUUCGACUACAACUGCCUCUGUAGAACACUCGCCGGCUAAUAAUAUUGAAACCGAGAAACUCUGGCAUUAUCGUGAUCCUAACGGUAAGAUUCAAGGGCCGUUUUCGAUGCUUCAGUUGCGGAAAUGGAACAGAACUGGUCUAUUUCCACCUGAUAUGAGGAUAUGGACGAAUCACGAGCAGUACGACUCGCUACUUCUCAUGGAUGCCCUGAUUGGGCAUCUCCACGGAGCAUCCGAGCCGUCAUGUAAACAGCCUUCAGGAUCGCCGGAAAAUAAUACUGCCGGAGGAGUUGGCAAAACUAAGAUCUCGGACUGGAAUAGCCAACAGAGCAAACAAUCAGAAGCAGCCGGCGGUAAUAAUGUGGGCGAUGUGUCCGACAACAUUUCUGGAAUUGCGAAGGAGAAUGCGGACGACCCCUCUUGGCCGCAAUGCUGGGAUUUACUUAACGACAGAAAUUCUACUGCUGAAGAACGUAACCGGGGACAAACAGACGUUCCUCUGGCAGUGCAGGUUCUGGAGAGCAACGAGCUGAACUGUGGAACACAGAAUGGCGAAAAGAAUGAGCUUCAGAAUCAAGGGAAUAGUGAGAACCAAACGGCGCAACCGAAUGAAGAAAACUUGAAAUCUCUGAAUAUUGAUUUGAGUUCGACGCUUAUGGAGACAGAAGCCAUUGUCGCACCAGUUUCAGACGCUCCAGAUGUUGAGAAACGGGUUUUGGAUGUAGAUAUAGAUAUCGCCGGUCUGCACAGUCCUACGCCAGAAAAUGCCGAGAAUCAGGCGUUGGUUUCGGGUAUUUUGGAGCUGCUAAGCCCUACGCCGAGGUCGGACAAUGUGGAUGCAGCAACUGAGGCGAAGCAGCCCGAUUUGCAGUCCGAAUUUUUGAAUAUUACGGUUCCAGAUUCGGGACCUAGUUGGGGUGUCGCAUCGAGUCUAGUUGCCGGUGGCGUCGAUCUUCCGGACGUAGCUAAUGAAUGGUGCGGAUAUUCGCCGACGCCUAUAAAGCAGCCGGCUAUCAAUGAAUGGGAUUCGGGUCUUGCCUCCGUGUCGUCGUUGAAACCCGAGAUCACGAACGAGUACACCGCGACAUCGAUUUCGGAUGGCCACCAGCUUUCUCAAGCUCUGCCGCCUGAUCCUGCGUCAAAUAUGUCGAAUUGGCGGGAACUUCUUGAUGAGCCGAUUGUGUUCGACGCACUGGGCGAGGAACUGAUAUCGGACUUGUUUGCGGAAGUUGACGCGAGGGAGUCGCAAGGCACGGUGCAUUCGCCUAAUACGGCCAUAAAAUUGGCGAGGGAUUUUCUCGAAGACGAUUGCUUUAGCUCGAUCGAGGAUUUCAAUCCAACCCCCAACGCUCAGAGAUGCGUCGGCGGGGGCGGCAAUGCUUCGGGCUCGACCGGGGAGAUGCAGAUGACUUCCCAGUCAUCGUGCAAUCCCAUCGAGAUGUUCGACACCUUCGAUUCCUUCCGGAAGUCGAGCGUAAACUCUUCGGCGAGCAGCGAGGGCGAGACGAACGCACAAGUCUAUUCAGGCGACGCAGGAUCGGAAUUCCAUCCUCCGCCGAACAUCAAUCCCGGUCACGACAUGAUAGGGCAUGCCGUGACGACGGCGACCAGCAGCGGGUCUGCGGAUCCUAUGGACCCGGGGUGGGCGGGUACGGUGCAAGGUAACAUUAAUCUCGUGACCGUGCAGGGCAACGUGAAUCUCGUCUUGGGGGGUCCGACGCAGGGAAUGGCAAAUCUCGGAUGGGGGGCGAGCCCGGGAACGGCGUGGGCGAACCCGAGCAUGAACCAUAGUCCGAGAAACAUGAGCUUGCCGUGGGACGGGGUUCAGCAGCAGCGGAAGUACGGCGGCGGCGGCGGAGAAAGGUACACGAGCCCCCGAGGAGGGUACCAAAGCGGCGAUGUCGGGUUCGGGAGGGGGAGACCGCCGAGAGGGCGGCAGCCGUACAAUGGGGGAGGAUUUUCGCGGCCGCUGCCGAAAGGGCAACGGGUGUGUAAAUUUUACGAGAGGGGUCUUUGCAAAAAAGGCGCGUUUUGCGACUUCUUGCACCCGUCGUGAUGGGUGAUGGGUCGGGUUCGUUCGUAUUUGUUCGGGUUGAAUUGUCUGUCUACUAAAAGUUUGGAGGUGAUUCUUUUUUGUCGUUGGUUGAUUCGUUUGAUCGAUCGAAUGCAUCCAUCGAUGUUGUAAGAUUAAUUGCGGUAGCGAUGAAGGGAUAUAUAUAUUAUAAAUGUACGUAGAGAUGUAGAUUUGUUGUAUGAAGAUGUGAUGUGAUUUGGACAGUUAGGUGAGUUCAUACUAGGAAGGAAUUAAUUAAGGUCACUAUAAAUAAUUGAUUGAUGUUUCUUUUGUUUUCUUUUCUUUUCUUGGUGUUUUUCCCAUGUAUUUUAUUAGUACUAAAGGUAUGUUUCUUUUGUU